AUGACCAUCUUUUACUCGGCUGCUUCCAUUGCAGGCGCUUUCUCUGGACUUCUUGCUUUUGCGAUUGGCCGCCUAGACAGUACUUGGGGCUACCGGGGCUGGCGCUGGAUCUACGUCUUGGAGGGAGCCUUCAGCGUCAUUGUGGGUGUUAUGUGCUUCUGGCUGAUUGAGCCUGUGCCGGGAAAGGUAACAAGCUGGUUGACAGACGAGGAGCGCGAGUAUCUGGUGCUCCGGAACCGAUUCACCGCGGGUGGAGAGAGCGGAAUUAAGGAGCGAGAGGAUUUCAACAUGGCCGACGUUAAGAAGGCGUUCCGCUCCAUUCACACCUACUCUGUGGCGUUGACGGAGUUCACCGUGGCCGUUGUCGUGUACGGAAUCAGCUUUGUCCUGCCCAGCAUCGUUCAGAGCCUGGGAUAUUCAAACGUCAAGGCUCAGGCAAUGACUGCUCCGCCGUACAUCUUUGCCUGCGUUGUCACCGUCAUUUCUGGCCUGGCAGCCGAUCGCUACCGCCAGCGGGCACUGUCAAUCAUGCUUCCAAAUGCAAUGGCUGUCAUUGGAUUCAUCAUCAUUACCAUCACAAUUCGAUACCAUCAGAUUCCCGGAGUAACAUACUUUGGCAUUUUCCUCAUGGCUGGUGGUUUGUAUCCCAUCUCACCUGCCGUGAUGGCCUGGGUAGCUCUGAACAUGGCUGGUUCCAUGAAGCGUGCAGCCGGACUUGGACUAAUGAUGUCCCUAGCCCAGCUCGGGGGUAUUGUGGGAUCUAACAUUUUUCUGCCUGAUGAAGCACCCGUAUACCCUACUGGAUUUGGAAUCUGCAUUGCCAUGUUGACAGCAUUCGGCGUCAUCUGGCCCGGCAUCUACUACCUGAUCCUGAAGAGGAUCAACUCCAGAAGGGCAGCCCUUUCGACCGAGGAGGUAAUGGCCAAGUAUACGACGGAGCAAUUGACCGAUAUGGGCGACGAGAGUCCUCUAUUCCGAUAUGCUCUUUAG